AUGGAUGACGACCAAGAUGAGGACCUGGUAGUGGCCAUGGUUGCAGCCACUGUGGCGGCCCUGGACUUCAGCGACUGUGCCACCCUAGACAAGGAGAUGGUCCUCCAAGCGUCACUCGAGGAUCCCGUCUACCAGCUGUUAGUGGUGAAGGUGUUGGCUGACAACUGGCACUCCUGCGGGUCGCAGGAGAUUGCCUGCCUAAAGCCAUUCUACAAUGUCAGGGACAGGCUGUCCACAUCUUGUGGCCAGGUGACUUACACCUUCAACCAGGGUUGUGUAUGUCUGGUCAUCUCUGAGGGCCUCCGUCACCAGGUGGCCGCCAACCUGCAUGCUGGCCACCAGGGCCUUGACUCUAUGCUCAGAAGGGCCAGGCAAACUGUCUACUGGCCAGGACUGGAGGUAAAUGGUGGUGAACAUGAUCCAGCUGGAGGGACACAUUACCUGGCCUACGCCGACAGGCUGACUGGGUGGCUUGAGAUCGCUCACUUCCCCAGUGGCACCUCCUCCGGCAAGAUUAUGGCUCAGCUUAGACGCUACUUCACCGGGUGGGGUGCACCUGAGCAGAUAUCCACGGACGGUGGCACUAACCUGGUUAGCGAGGAAAUGGUGGAAUUCUUCUGGAAGUGGAGCGUCGCUGUCCGUCUGUCUUCCGCGCAAUACCCCCAGUCCAAUGGCAGGGCAGAAGCCGCGGUGAAGACUGCGAAGAGGGUGCUCCUUAACAACACCGGAGCUAAUGGGAGCCUCGAUGAAGACAAGGUAUCUCUCGCCCUUCUCCAGUAUCUCAACACUCCCCUGCGUGGUGCGGACAAGUCUCCGGCCCAUCUGGCAACAGGUCGACAGCUCCAUGAUGGUGUCCCACAACCAAACAGAAUUUCAAAAUUAACAGACAUUGAAGACAGUCACUCUGCAGACGAGAACUCCAGAUGA